AUGACAUAUUUUUUCCUAGUCGAUCCUGUGUUCACCCGGGUUGAUUAUCGGAACCUCAGUGACUGUCUUAACGCAGUAGAUGUUAAUCUGACAUUCAACAACUACAUUUCAGUUACAGACCUUUACUACAAAUUUUGUUUGGUUCUUCAUGAAUUCUUCUCUAAUUUUCUUAGUUUUCUGCCUUUCCGCUAUAUUGACCAGAAAAUUCGCUUGCUCCGAGAGUUGAAGAAUCCCCUCAACAAUCCGGAUUACAAGGAAGUCUGUUCUAACAUCAGUUUUGACGCCAAAAAACACCCCGUCUAUUGCGAGCGUAGACUAUUCAGUGGUAAAGACUCCUUUUUCUCAGCCUCCGUGCCUAGUUUUUGGAAAGAUGCUCUCUCAACCCCAAUUCCAAAAGUUCCCUGUGCUACCAAGGCCUCACAUUUUAGGCCUAUAAGCAUCUGUCCCGUGCUGGGAUGGAAAAGAUCACCUGCAAAAAAAACUGAGUGGCUAGGUGACAAUCAGUAUUCUGAUCGCCAUUUAUGUUCGAGUGGUGCGCAACAAGGAGGAGCACUUUCACCACUACUGUUCUUGAUUUCUACAUUAGAUCUGCCAGAAAUUCCUAAGGUUCACCCCAGUAUUGAGGUUAAAAUGUUUGCUGUUGAUAUCAGAAUCUAA